CCCCCCCCCCUCCCCCUUAACUUUGAGUGCACCGACAUCGUCACCACAGGCCGACGCCUCAAUAAAAACAUAACAUCUCAUCUCAUCACCAAAUCAUAAAGAACAACCCCGCGAAAAAGAAAAAGAAAAAGAAAAAAAAAUCGAGAAAAUCGAUAACGCCUCUUUUUCGCAACCCCGCGGCUUCUAUCUCGUUGCUUUUGGACCCAUUUUGGUCGCCAUUACGUCGCGCGAUCUGUUUGUAAACACGUCAGCUUUCUCGCGACCUAUCCCACGUCCCGCCUCCCACCUCCCACCUCCCACCUCCCACCGUCUAAACAAUGUCUGGCACCAACCCGUGGCUGCAACGGCAGCGCAAGAGCGAUCUUGUCGAGCUUGCAGAAUUCGUCGGUCUCAAGGGCUACGAGGGCCAAAGAAAAGUCGACUUGGAGGCCACCCUCGACGAGUUCCUUUCCGAGAACGCGGCCCACUUCUCCACCGAACCGAAGCUCGUCCCCUACUACGUCAGCCGCGCCAAGGCUACCGGGUCUCCUACGAAGAGGGAACUGGCGCCCAGGGAGGAAGCCCUCAAAAUCAUCAAGCGACGCGUGACAAGGGCGGCUUCGGAGGUUCUUCCCGCAGAUUCUGCGCAAGAGGAGGCCAGUUCGUCCCAGUCCCAGUCCCCGUCCCCGUCUCCUUCGCCGUCUCGGUCCCCUUCACCGCCGUCCGUCGCCCUUGAGACGCGCACGCCAGCGCGCAACCUGUCCCUCGCCGGCCGCCUCCCGCUGCCCGCCACCCCCGCCGAAGUGGCCCAGGUGGUGGAUCGCAGCGCGUCGGCCGUCCGUACACGCGUCACGUCGAUAUACCAGGAGUCGGGCAUCACCGAGGGCGCCCACGCCGUGCAGGAGACCCUCUCCACCGUCGGGUCCAUCAUCUUCACCAUCACCCUCUUCGAGCUCUACUCGCUGCGCCCCGAGGUCCUUCCGGGCCGCUAUGCCUUCACCAUCCCGUCCAUGCCCGCCCUGGGCACCGGGCCCAUGCCCAUCUACGUCCCGGACAUGUUCCUCGUCCUGAGCUCGUCCUUCUGGUCGCCGGUGCUCACGUGGAUCGCUACGGCGCUCAUCAUUCCGUCCGUCUUCGGCUACUUCUACAACCUGAACUCCGCGAGCCACGCCCCGCGCCGCGGCCGGCCCUCGCGUCCCGACUACGACGUCGAUCCCCUGACGUUCAGCAUCGUCAAGGGGCUCGUCUCGUUCGUCGUCCUGGGGCAGAAGGUGACGGUCGCCGGGUACCCCAGCGUCCACUCGAUCGACCGCAUCAACUCGGCCAUCUAUGGCGGAUGGAGAGGAAUCAUUACCGGCGCCGCCGUUUCUGCGCUGGUCAGCAUAUAUGAUGCCGUGCUCAGGAAGUAGAAUGUUCUUUAGGGGAGGCGGAGGAGCCGAAGAGCCGACGCCCCUGCGAUUCCAUUAUGUAGGAGGAUUCUGUUGAUCUGCCCUAGCAGGAGGUGUUUUUGGAAUGCCGCGAAAGGAUCGUACUGGAUAUGGUCUGGGGAAUGUACCAGAAAAGAAGAAGAAGAAAGGAAAACUACUAAAAAGAACAACUGGAGGAUGAACAUGCGGGGGUUGGAUUUCUUCCCGCCCUCCUUCCCCCUCUGUCUUCUUUUAGCACGUCACACUUCUGCUUCGAGUUCAUCGAAUGACUCCAAUGGCCAUUAGUCGCCCCCGCGCCAUCAACCAACCCCCAUCAAAACGACACGCAUUCUUCUUUCAUUUCUGAAAGGCGGCGUUUUCGGGCGUUUGCCGGCGUCAUUCGGCAUGGCUUGUCGAUGAUACCUUACCUCUUCAUUGCCCCAUUUUCAGCUUUGGCGGACA